CAUCUCGGUACAGCCGAAAGAAGUUGGCAAACCAGUUGGCAGGAAGUUUUCAACCAGUUCAUGCAGAAUAUCAGUAACUGGGAAAGGAUCUGAGAGUUGGGCUUAUUUUGGGAAUGAACAAUGCUAUGAGGAUCGGCUGACAAGCCUCAGUACAGCUACUGACUGAGCUCACAUUCUUUUUGCGUAUCUUUCUGGUUGACUUCCACCUCCAAAAAUAGCUACAGCAUCACAGUCCAGGGCUUUGUUAUGCACCCCUCUGAUCGAGUUCUUAAAGCUCCGCCAUUUGCUCCACAGUGCCUGCUUAUAUCAGUCAUGCUCAAUCUAGUGAUCGCUAACACUACAGUAUAAGCUGAACGGACAGGUUCACACUGUGCUAUUUACCACAAGCAAGGCCAUGAGCACCUUCGGCUACCGACGGGAGCUGAGCAAGUACGAGGAAUUGGAUGAAGAUGAGCUGCUUGCCUCACUGACAGCCGAAGAGCUCCAGGAACUGGAGAAGGAGCUGGCUGAUAUUGAGCCAGAUGAUGAAGUCCCUAUUGGACUAAGGCAGAGAGACCAGACAGUUAAAACCCCAACCGGUACAUUUAGCCGAGAGGCUCUUUUAAAGUACUGGGAGAAAGAGACACAACAGAUUCUUGAAAAUGAAAGAUUUGGGUCUUCAAACCCCCAGUAUUGCUGUGGAUUCCAGGCUGGUAAAAAUGAUGAAAAAGUGAAUAUGACAGUAAACACCAGCGAGGAAUCAGAAGAGGAGGUAGAAGCUGAGGAUGAGAAGGAAAAUGUUUGUGUAGAUAGUGAUGAUGAUGAUGAUGAUGAUGAUGAUGAUGAUGAUGAUUAUGAAACUAAUGAAGGAAAGAGUGAACUAGAGGAGCCAGUUACUGAGGAAGAGGAGGAGGAGGAGGAGGAGGAGAAGAAUGAUGAGGAGGAGGAAGAAGAGGAAGAAAAAGUGAUACAUAAGCAGGAAAAUAACACCCAAAAGGAAAGUGUUCAGGAGAAAUGUUUUCCUCUGCAAAAUAUAUAUAAUGGCCACUCAAGCAUCAAGCUAGAAGAUCCUGUGAGGAGAAAUUCACCACAAGAGUCAAACCAGUUGUCAGGAAACCCUACUGUCCUGGAUGAGGCUCUUGAAAAGAUCUUACGCGAUGACCCUGGCACUACUGAAGUCAACCUCAACAAUAUUGAUAACAUCUCCCAGGAAAACUUGAUCCGCUUCGCAGAAGCCCUCAGCUCCAACACGCAGGUGCGGGCUUUUAGUCUGGUGAACACACGUGCUGAUGAUCCAGUAGCAUUUGCGAUUGCCAAGAUGCUGAAGGAGAACGGUCACAUUACUAAGGUAAACGUUGAGUCUAACUACAUCACAGGAAAGGGUAUCCUAGCACUGGUGAAGGUGCUUACUCACAAUAACACGCUAAUAGAGUUACGCUUCCACAACCAGCGCCACAUCUGUGGAGGCCAGGUAGAGAUGGAGAUGGUGAAACUGUUGAGAGAAAACACCACCCUGCUCAAGCUUGGCUACCAGUUUGACCUGCCUGGCCCUCGAAUGAGCAUGACUAGCAUUCUCACACGCAAUCAGGAUCUUCAAAGGCAGAAGAGAAUGCAAGAACUGCGUCAGCAGCAAGGAGGUGUUUUGACUCCUAUUAACCCACGCACAAGUGUGCUACAGAAGAGCACACCAACUUCUUCUCCGUAUGGGUCUCCUCGGAGUUCACCGUGGUCCUCUCCGAAGCUGCCACGUAAUGAUGCGAUAAAACGUCAUCCUCAGCCAGGCCUUACACCACCUCCCCCGCCACCUCCUCCUCCACCACCUCCUCCUCCUCCUCCACAACCUCCUCCCAAACCCCAGAGCAACACUGAGAAAAGAGAUCCAACCAGAAAGAUCGCAGAAGUAAUAAAACUUCAAGAAGCAAGUGCCAAAAAGCAGCAGGACCAGAGCAAAGGCAAGUGUAAGUCUAAAAAAGGGAAGAAAGGGGUUUCUACUAAAAACGGGACCGAAAACAUCCUUAAGGAGCUGAAAAAUGCCCUGAGGCCCAUCACAGACAGAGACAGUUCCAGACCAUCUACGCCGAUGCGGUCGGCUCAUGACGAACUCAUGGCGUCUAUCCGAGCGAGCAGCAUCAAUUCGCUCAAACGGGUGGAAGUUCCUGAAUAUCUUCGGUAAUGUGGUCAAACACUUUCUACCAUGAAAGAAAGGAUAGUCAUUGCCACACAUUAUGUAUGAUUCUUUCAACAGCACUAUGCACUACGUUUCCAUAUUCCUUAAAGAGUAUAAACAAACUUACAACUUUGCCACAAUCCUACUGACUGUAAUAACCAUAAGUGCGUACUGGGCCGUGUCCAGGAUUAAGAAUAUUUAGACAGGUGCUUCAAUAAUUGGAUCAUUGGAUCUGUAUUAAUCGCAAGGUCCCUAGAUUGGUCCUGAUUCGAUCAAGGUUACUGUCUGUAUGGAGUUUUGAAUGUUCUCUUGAUGUCUGCAUGGGUUAUCUAGUUUCCUUCUGAAAAACAUACCAGUAGGUAAUUCGAUUGUGCUAAAUUGUGCCCAUGUAUGAACAAGAGUGUGAAAGUGUGCAUGUGAGACUUAGAUCCCAUCCAGGGUUUAUUCCUGUCUCACACCAAGGACAGGUUCUGGAUCCAAUGUGACCUGAAAGUGCUGCUAGUACACAAAGGAUGAAUAAAUGAAUGAAUGAAUGAAUGAAUAAAGGACAUGUCUAGAACAUCAGCUUUGAAUUUCUAUUAUGGAGAACGUUUUGCUGAUGUCAUUUGAUGAAUGAAAAAUGAAUGAACCAGAGAAGACAUGGACAGAAAGAAAAGCAUUUAAGGUAAAAGUUAUUAAGAAAGAUCAUCGCGAAAGAUGACGGAUCAUCGCGUAUGACUUUUCACUACACCGAGGAAGUCUAGUUCAUAGACAUCCUAUAAAUUGGGUUAUGAUUCUUUUUAGAUUUAAAUAUUGUUGGAUAAGGGAAUGAAUAGAAAACUAUAAACAGCUGCAGUUUCUUCAUAUUUUGACACAAAUAUCAGUAUUGCAUGAAAGAGUGUUUUUAUAUACACUGAUUAAAAACAAACUAGUUCCUAAAUGUAAUGAAUAUUUCUGUGUUAAAUUUAUUCUUGAUUACAUGAUGUAAAUAUUUGCUUUGAUGUGGAAAAUUAAACCUUUACCUUUAUUUAUUAUCUGUCAAUUUACCUCGUUUCCCCUCUCUUCUAGGUUUUUACAGUAAUAUCUGGUUGUUUCAGAGUAAAUUAUUUGUCUACGAAUGAAAAGCAUUUUCAUUUGAAUAUUGUUCUAAAUGUCAACUGGCCCAAAGGACAUUAGCCUUCCAUGACUAAAAUUAUACCACAAAUGACUGCUAAAAUUAACAGUAUCACAGUAACUCCUAAUCCCGUCCAUGUGCAUGUGUGUGUUUUGGAAAGCUUCCCUGGGUUUUAAAUCCGUUCCACAGCUGUUCAUGGCACCCAGUGAAGUGUUUCUGAGGUAACUUCAACGUCAAUCAGCUGUGCUCCUGAUCUCCUAAGCCAUUUCCUCAAUAAAAUGGAACCUGAAGCUUUUGUUGAAUCAAAACUACAAGGCCAAAAUUAUGUGGAUGACUGACCAUCACACUCAUAUUCACCCGUUCCAUAAUAAGGAGAUAUUUUAUAUAUAUUUCAGUGCAGCAUGAUACUGAACCUAACUGGGC